AUGAAUAAUAGUUCUUCAGAGCUUGUGAACACAACACAUAUCUUACCGAAUCUAACAACCAGUGAAAAAUACUUAUUUGCUACUUCUGCAUAUGCUCAAAUAAUUGCUUGUUUAUGUGCACUGUUGUCAUCCGUGAUUACAUUUCAUCAAAUGUACUUUCACCUCAAAAAUUACACCUGUGUUUCUGAACAACGAUACAUUAUACGAGUGUUGAUUUUAGUGCCCGCCUAUGCCAUCUAUUCAUUUCUAAGCGUUUUGCUUGCUAUAUAUGCGAUGGUGGACAGUAUAUACAUCGACUUUAUACACGACAUUGCAGAAGCAUUUGCGAUUUACAGUUUUUUAGCUUUGUGUUAUCAGUAUCUUGGAGGGGAAGGUAAUAUUAUGUUAGAGCUUACUGGAAAAACGAUCAAUUUCAGUUUACUUUAUAGUACAUGCUGCUUCGCUGGAAAACCAUACACCAUAUUGUUUCUACGGUUUUGCAAAAUAGCUACUCUUCAGUAUACUUUGAUCAAACCAGUUACUUCAUUCACGUCUAUGAUACUAAUGGCUACAAAGAAGUAUAUCGUUGGUGACUUUGGUCCUACAUCAGGCUAUCUGUAUUUGUUCCUGAUUAACAAUGCCACUGUAACUCUUGCUGUUUAUGGUCUAUUGUUGUUUUAUUUUGCAACUCGGGAGCAAUUGAAACCAUUCUCACCAUUGCUCAAAUUCGCUACCAUUAAAUCGAUCAUCUUUUUUAGUUUUUGGCAAGAUGUAUUAUUCAGUAUUCUAGAAUGGAGUCAUGUUAUAAACAUGACAAGUGGAUAUUCAGCGACGUUAAUUGCUGGUAUCUACAAAAAUUUAUUAAUAUGCAUUGAACUGGUUAUUGUUGCAAUUGCACUACGUUAUGCAUUUCCCUAUAGUAUUUAUGUGUUACACCAUCCACCUCGCCUUGUUUUUGACUUACCUUCAAACGACUCUUUCUGGUCUAAUGAUGAAUUUCUGUUUGCUACAAAACCGUCUGUGGGUUUUAAAUCAUCGAAAGACUCAACGGUAUUUAAUUCAGUCAAAGACAAUUCAUCACAUUUCACACCGGCAACAUUUGUCAGUUAUGCACCAUCAACAAUAUGUGCUGAACCAUUACCAUGGGAUAUUGUUGAUCCACAAGUGAACAAUGGUGGGUUUGAAAAAACAUGGAAUACGAAAAAUUCAAGUGUAAUUCCAAGUAUAUCUGCAAGUAUCAAGGCAACUAUUGAUCCUACAGAUAUACUUGUUGAUGCAGUUCACAAUUUUCAUCCUACUUAUCGUCAUUAUACUCAGACUCAAAUGGAUGAAGAUAGUUAA